AUGAAAACCUGGGAGGAAAUCUACCAAGAGGAGUGCCUUAGUUUCAAAGCCAGUCUGGAGACCCAAGCUCGGAUUCUAAGAAACGAUCCGGAAAGUCAAGGAGUAGAUCGUAUCAAUGAUGUUCGCAAAGAGCUAAUCUCACUUUCGCACCAGGCAGAGCGAAUCAAAGAGGCUGCCUUUGAAAUGGUCGACGAGACCCCGGACAGUGUAUAUGUCCGCAAUGCCACUCCCGAGUGGCUCUCCUCCCGGUUUGGAGAUCCGCAGCUAGAACAGGUAUGUAUUAGCAUGGAAUACAGCUUGGACCGACUGGCAUUUGAGCUUAGAUCUGACCCGUCAAUGGACCUUAUGGUCGCCGGACACCUUGAGCAAAUGACCGACGAUAUUGAGAUGGACUUUCUUUAG